AAGGCUCCACAGUCUCAUUGUUGUUUUAAAUCUUCUAUCUUUUUUCAUAUCAACCUCCAAACCAACAGCAGCAGAUUUCCUCGAUCUUCAAGGGUAUCUGAUAUUUGGGUUGAAUUGAAUUUAUUCGGGAGGUUGAAAUCUUCUUAAGAGAGUUUAAAACAUGUCGAGUAAGAAGGAGGAGAAAGGUCAAGCUGCAGCUGAAAGAAUUAAGGCUGCAGCACUGAGUGCUGCGAAAGGUCUCAGUCGUGCUCAGGCUGAACGGGCAGCGGCUGCUGCAGCUCGAAAUGUCAAUGCUUAUGGGCAGAAGGAAGAAGGGCCUAGCAGAUGGCAGGAGAAAAGGGAAGCAAAGAGGCAAAUGUAUUUGAUGAGCACUGAAAAGGCCGUGAGAUUAGGUGAAAGAAAGGACCUUAAGCCUUCAAUGUCUACCAUUGGUGGCACAGCUUCACAGUGCCAGAAAUGUUUCCAAUCAGGGCACUGGACAUAUGAAUGCAAAAAUGAACGUGUGUACAUGUCACGACCCUCACGGACCCAGCAGCUUAAGAACCCAAAAUUGAGGAUGAAACCGUCGAUCUCUUAUGAGGAUUACCCUGAUGUAAAGGAUGAGAAUGAUGAGAAGAAUGAGAAGCAAUCUAAGAAGAGUAAAAGAAAGCAUCGGUCAGAUACUGAUUCUGGUAGUGAUAGCGAGGCUUCAGUUUUUGAGACCAGUGGCUCAUCAUCUGUCACAGAAUCAGAUUCUUCUUCAGAGAGUGGUACAGAUUAUAGUUCAUCUGAUUCUGAGGAAGAGAGGAGGCAGAGGAGGAGGAAGAAGAAGCAGAAGAAGGGAAGGAGCAGAAGGUACAGCUCGUCUUCUGAGUCUUCUGAUUCAGACUCAGAUUCUGAUUCUGAUGAUAGACGAAGCCGGAGGAAGAGCAGGAAGCAUAGCAAAAGGCGCUGAAGGAAAGAUGAAGCUUAGUGGUCCUGUAAUGUAUUGGGUCCGUAUGUUCUAAACCAAGGAAUUGCUAGACGCCUAAAUCUCUAUGCUUUCUUUAUCAAGUUAAUUAAGCUGUCACCGUGGAGCUUGUGGUGUUAGGCAUGUUGGAGAUCAAGCUUUCUGGGAAUAAGCUUUCUAGAAGUUUUCUUCAUUUUCUUUCUUUGGGAUGUUGAAUUCGAUUACUCGAGAGUGUUACCUGUUGUAUUUUAAUAUUAGCUCAACUUAGACCAAUUUUAUUUUGUUUAGCUUGCUUUAUGCAAGUAAAUCAAGUUAGUUUGUGAAAUCAUGUGUUCUGGCUUCAUUCAUCUACUUAGCAUUUGGAGAAUCAUCUAUCUCUCUGAAGAACAUGGCAGAAGAGCUCCUCACUAAGCAUCUAACCCUUUCCUACCAAAGUAGAAAUGAAAAUGCCAAUUAUUU